AAUUAAACAAUUGUUAUGCAAAGUAUGCUGUUAGUAACAACUAUAAAUUGCUUGCAUUUCUCUACGUACCACCGCAUUAUCAUCCACGAUGGGAAAGAUCAUCUUCUUCGAGGACAGGAACUUCCAGGGCCGCUCCCAUGAGUGCAGCACUGACAGCUCAGAGCUGAGCACAUACUUCAGUCGCUGCAACUCCAUCCGUGUCGACAAUGGAAACUGGAUGAUUUAUGAACGUCCCAACUACACUGGGCAGCAGUACUUUGUAAAGAGGGGAGAAUAUCCUGACUGUCAGCACUGGUCUGGUCUAACUGAUUCUGUCAGAUCCUGCCGUUUACUUCCCCAGCACUGUGGCUCCUUCAAACUCAGAAUCUAUGAAAGAGAAGACUUCAGAGGUCAGAUGAUGGAAUUCACUGAAGAUUGCCCUCAUGUGAAUGAAGAAUUCAAUUACCAUGACAUCCACUCUUGCAAUGUUCUUGAAGGACAUUGGAUCUUCUUUGAACAGCCCAAUUACAGAGGACGUCAGUAUUUCCUGAAAAGUGGAGAAUAUAAGAGAUUUACUGAAUGGGGAGCCAUGAAUGCCAGAGUUGGCUCAUUUAGGCGCAUCUCUGAUUUGUACUAAAAUCUAAAAUGAUGAAAUUCUUUCAUGUGCUUAAAUUAAUAACUAUAUACCUAAUACAUUCAUUUUCCUUCAUGUUUAA